AUUGGCAGAGAGGCUAACCGGAAGCUAACAGCGGGACAGAAGUUUGUGAGCAGGUUCUGCACCGGAGUCGCGUCACAUGUUGAGUGACGGAGGAUCACGUCAGAUAACAGGUCGACACACCGGGGACACGUGACGCCGCGGCAGGACGCACCGGUAACUAGUGACUCAUCGUUAACCUAGUCAACAGCGGGGCUGCAGCAGGUGGAAGCAGCCGCCGCCGCCACCGAGGGGAUGGACCACCUGAACUGGAAGCCGUUCAUCUACGGAGGCAUGGCCUCGAUUGUCGCAGAGUUCGGGACAUUUCCCGUUGACCUGACUAAGACCCGGCUGCAGGUCCAGGGUCAGUCCCAGUACACAGAGGUGCGCUACAGAGGCAUGUUCCACGCCCUCUUCAAGAUCGGCAAAGAGGAGGGAAUUCGAGCGCUGUAUUCUGGGAUUUCCCCCGCGCUGUUGAGACAAGCUUCUUACGGGACAAUCAAGAUCGGGACCUACAACACUCUGAAGAGGCUGUUUGUCGAAAAUCCAGAAGAUGAGACCAUGGCCAUCAACGUCUUCUGUGGCGUGGUGUCUGGAGUCCUGUCCUCCUCUCUGGCCAACCCCACCGACGUCCUCAAGAUCAGGAUGCAGGCGCAGGGCAGUCUGCUCCAAGGCAGCAUGGUGUCCAACUUCUACAACAUCUACCAGACAGAGGGCACCAGAGGGCUGUGGAGAGGCGUCAUUCCCACAGCACAGCGAGCCGCCAUUGUCGUCGGGGUGGAACUUCCCGUCUAUGACAUGACGAAAAAGCACCUGCUCAGCUCUGGGGCCAUGGGAGACACCAUUUUGACCCAUUUCAUUUCCAGUUUCGCGUGCGGCCUGGCAGGAGCCCUCGCCUCCAACCCCGUAGACGUGGUCCGGACUCGUAUGAUGAACCAGCGGGUUCUGUCGGGGGCCCCCAUGUACAAAGGAACCCUGGACGGACUGAUGCAGACGUGGAGGAACGAGGGCUUCUUCGCUCUCUACAAGGGCUUCUGGCCCAACUGGCUACGACUGGGGCCUUGGAACAUCAUCUUCUUCAUCACCUUCGAGCAGCUGAAGAAGCUUCCGUUUUAACAGGGAACAGGAAGUGGGACUGCGCUGGUCUGUGCUGGUCUGUGUCGGGGAGAGACCCCCCCCUCUGAAUCCAUACACACGAUACCACACAGUGUCCCUCAUCUGCCCAUGCUCUUCACCACCUACUGUUGAUUUCACCUUUUCAUGUGAUUUAUAUUUAUUGUCACUGGUUUGUUUAUUUAAAGCAGUUUUGUUUUGAACUGUCACCCUCGAUCCCCCCCGACGCUCCCCAGGCAGCUGAAUGUCGGAAUGAAAGUUUGAGUCCUCGAGCUGCUGAGAGAGUUUAACUCUGGAUUGGGUCGACUCUCAUGAGAGUCGGCUUUGGGGGAAACGAACCCAGAGGUGAUGCUUGUGAUUGUUUGCUCAGGAUUCAUUCACAGAAGAAACAUGGGAAAUGUAUUAAUACACACAGGAAAUGUCGGGUCAGACACAGUUUGUGGCGUUUGAUAGAGAAAGAAAAGAAUAUGAAGGUCAUCAAUGAUUAACGUGUAGGAACCCUGUACUACCUGGACAUAAGCACUGCAUGAACGUGAAACCUGUUCAGUAAAUAACUCGAUUUUCUGUUGAAUGUUGAGGAACUGCAUGGAAAAAAUAUUCAAAACUCCAGUUGACUGUUACACGUUUUUGUUGUGGAAAUCUCAGUGUUUUGUGUUUACAGCAAAUCGACUCCUGCUUCAACUCCUCGUUUUCACCCCGACAUUCAUGUUCUUUUAUUUUUUUCUGUUUUGCCUCCGUUACUCGCUCUCUGUGAAUUUCCCAGACUUUCUCCUGCUGGAGUCUCACCUGGUCUCACUCAUUUUCCAGACAUGUUACCGGGGGGCUGCGGGGAAGGUUCCACAAAACGUCUGAGGCAACUGACUCACAAUCAGUUCCUCUGGAAAACUUCUGGGAAAUGUUGAGACUUCACUGCAGGUCCGAAAGCAGCUUUAAAUUUAUUUAGUUGUUUAUUGGAACAUAAAUUUAUUGAUCUUGAUCUAUUUAAAGAGAAAAAUGUGAAAUCUGAACCAAAGCCUCUCAUGAGAAAGGGGAGAAACUUCUGUCUUAAUCAUUCACAACCAAAACAACUCUGUUUUUUAUUUAUAUUUGAGGGUUUAAAUGUUUAUUUUUUAAUUUUUUAACGAAACACUGACAGACACUGAAUCCAGACAGGUGACAGACAUUGAAGUUGUUUUGUUUUGUUUCUGUUUUGUGUCGACAUUUCAUUUCCUGCACCUCCAGUCGGUUCAUGUCAUUACUGACCCACAGUGUAAAUGGCUGUGUAUUGUAUUUAUAGCUCUUUUGUUGUCUUCUUGAAGGUUUGUUGAAGGUGGUCAGUGGAAGGAUUCUCCAUCUGGCCGCCAUCGUUGUGCAGCGUUGAUCCGAUGUUUGACUCUAAAUUGUCUUGAGAUCGACACAAAUCAUCGCAGAUUAGUGAAUUCUUCAAUUUAACUCGUGCACUUUGAAAACAGCUCCUCGACGUGUGGCUGCUGUCGGCAGUGAUGCUGGUGGAUUUUACUGUUCUGUUGGACGGACCCGGGGACGCUGUGGUCUUUCUAUGUGUGAUUUGCAUGUUCUCCCCGUGUCUGCGUGGUUCUUCUCCAGUAAUCAUGUGCAGCUUACGUUAAUUGGAGACCUUGAAUCGCCAGUUGGUGUGAAUGUUUGUCUCUGUACGUCGGCCCUGUGAUUGGUUGACCUGUACCAAGGUCUGCUGUGAUUGGCUCCAGCCUGCCAACACGUCACAGAUAUUUUAUUUAGCCUUUUUUUUCCACUUUUAAGUGUACUUCACUUUUGUCAUUUUUCCGGUGUGGAUCUACAACAUCGUUUUAAAGCAACACUCUGUAACAUUACUGAGCAACAGCGCCCCCUGUAGCCACAUCAGUCAGUUCUUGUCACAGGAGAUGGACCCCCCCCCCCCCCCCCCCCCACCAGAGUUACAGACCUUCAGGGAGUGAAGGAGGAAACUUUCUCCAGGGUCACACUCACUGAUAUGUUAAGGUCAAAAGAAAGUUGCAGUGUUGCUUUAAAUAGUUUGGACGUGGAUCAGAUCCUUUGCCAGUGAAGAGCUGUGCUGGUUCGAGUGGUCGUUGUGGUUCUGAGUGUGUGUGUGUCGGACUCCAGAGAACUGUGUGUUGUGGGUCAAAGUGUGUGUGUGUCAGCUGUGUGUUGCUGCUCUUUCUGACGGACCUGGUGUCAAACACAGUCCUGGAGUCCCGGGAGUCGUGCACUGUUACAGCUUUACACUUCUUUACACUUUGAGUCGAUCACUGGUUCAUUAUGUGAGUUUGUCAUUUUACUGUCCACAGAUUUUACUUUAAUUUAAGAUGCUCCACUCUGCUGUUGAAAUUACUCCUGUGAAAUAAAACGUGGCUUGUUACUCUGGUACGGUUACAAAUGUACUCUGUUAAUAUUACAACUUGUUUUCUUGUAAUAAUACUUCAUGCUUCUUGGAUUCUGUUUUCUUCAACAUGGCCGUUAUACUCCGUUGUAUUAAAAAAAAAAACAGACGGAAGAAGGAGACUUUUUUUCUGCUUUUGUGUUGUUUUUAAUUCCAAAAGUUGAUCGACAGAAUAUUAAGGUUUUAUUUAUCAAUCAAACAUGUUGAAUCAUUUCCUGUUUCCUGCGCACGUGGUUGUAAAAUGUAAAUGCAAUCAUGAAACUUUCAUUGUACUUCACUGGUACUAGAUGAUUUUAUUUCAUCCACUAAUAUGGAGGAGUGAUUGUGUAGCGAACAUCAGAUGAUUCAGUUUUAUUUAUGAUGAUUAUGAGAUGAUGCUGAUUUAGAUCGAUGGAUCUAUUCACUGUUCGUGACCUUGAACACGACUCAGCUGAGGCUGCUUCUCCUUCCUGCUUCGAUUCCUCUCAGAUUCCUGAAGUGCUCCGAGUCGACCACAUUCAAACCUGCUCAUGAAUUUAAUAAUCUGUAACAGGACAAUCUCAAGUGAAGUCCAACCUCCAUGAAAACCAAAAGAAAAGAACAUUUUCAUGUGUUUAAAUGUCACAGUGAGUGAGGGUGUUUCACUGAGCAGUUCUCAUAAUCACUUUUUUAAGGCCUAAGGAAUGGUUUGAUCCACAGAGCUGCUCUUUGGACCAAAUCACAGAACACGUGACAUUAAAGCCUUUAAAACUAUCUGUUUAGGGAGAGGAGCUUUUUCCUCUACUCACCAUAAAUGAACUGAUUGUGAUGAUGUGAUUGUUUGUGUUUCUGAGCGAGAGUCCCCCC